UGAUCAACACCAAACUCAUCGAGGCACUGCAGAAGCUGAACUGAGGAGUCGUGCAUGAUCAUGGAGGGAAAAUGGCAUCUGAGUUUAUUUUUCUUCCUUUUAUUUGUUUUAGCAAAGGAAGUUGUCGUUGCAGCUCCUCCCAAUAUUAUUGUCAUGCUCAUGGAUGAUAUGGGAUGGGGAGAUCUUGGUAUCUAUGGAAACCCAGCUAAAGAGACUCCAAACUUGGAUCAGAUGGCAGCGGAAGGCAUCCUUCUCCCAGACUUCUACUCAGGAAACCCUCUGUGUUCUCCUUCGAGAGCAGCCUUACUGACUGGCAGACUUCCCAUCCGCAAUGGGUUCUACACAACCAAUGAACAUGCUCGGAACGCGUACACACCUCAGAUCAUUGUAGGGGGCAUACAGGAUAAUGAAAUCCUACUUCCGGAGCUUCUUCAGAAAGCUGGUUACAGAAACAAACUUGUUGGAAAGUGGCAUCUUGGACACCAGCCCCAGUUCCACCCCCUAAAACAUGGAUUUGACGAGUGGUUCGGAGCACCCAACUGCCAUUUUGGACCCUACAACGAUAAGAACACCCCCAAUAUACCAGUCUAUCAGGAUGCCGAGAUGGCAGGGAGGUACUACGAGGAGUUUGCCAUCGAUAAGAAGACGGGAGAAUCCAACCUGACGCAGCUUUAUAUACAGGAAGGGGUGAGCUUCAUAGAAAAAUCAGUGGCAGCCAUGCAGCCAUUCUUUCUAUACUGGACCCCCGAUGCGACCCAUGAACCCCUUUAUGCCUCCAAGCCCUUCCUGGGGCGUAGCCAGAGAGGAUUGUACGGGGACGCUGUGAUGGAGUUGGAUUACGGUGUAGGCCAGGUCCUGGGUAAAAUCAGAGAACUUGGGGUUGCCAAUAAUACUUUUGUCCUCUUCUCUUCUGACAAUGGUGCAGCAUUGUAUGCAAGCGAAAGCGGUGGCAGCAAUGGACCCUUCCUGUGUGGUAAAGAGACAACGUAUGAAGGAGGAAUGAGAGAACCAACCAUAGCAUGGUGGCCAAACCAUAUCAAGCCAGGAAGGGUUACUCAUCAAAUUGGCAGCGUCAUGGACAUUUUCACCACAGCUCUUAGCGUGGCUGAUAUUGAUCCUCCUACUGAUCGAAUCAUCGAUGGACAAAACUUGCUACCAGCCUUGCUCAGUGAUACCAUGGACGCUAACAAGACAAUGUACUAUUACCGUGGCAAUGAGAUGAUGGCCGUCAGGCAUGGGCUGUAUAAGGCACACUACUGGACCUGGACAAACUCCAUUGAAGAAUUCAUGAGCGGAGUAAACUUCUGCCGUGGUGAAAAUGUCACAGGGGUCAUGACCCAUGAACAGGUCAACCACACCCUCUCUCCGCUCCUCUUCCAUCUUGGACGUGACCCUGGUGAGAAGUACCCCAUCAAGAGCACAGCAGCAGAGUAUAAAGCGGAGAUGCCUCAGAUCAUGGAGAUCGUAGCGGAUCACAAAGCAAAUCUUAUCCCUGGUACACCGCAGCUCAACAUGUGUGAUAAUGCUGUCAUGAAUUGGUCCCCUCCUGGUUGUGAGAAGCUCAACAAAUGUCUGAAAGGACCUGCAUCCGAACCACAAAAAUGUUCUUGGCCUCAUUAGCCUUUUUUCCAGACAUCUAAACCUGGCUCCCGUCUUAUAAAGAGUUGCGAUUGAUUCGCAAGUCUUCCAAUCAAUCACAAGUUUGCACUCUCAUAUCUGUUAUGUACAUAGUUGCGAUUGAUAUAAAUUGUAAAAUUAGUUGCAAUUAAAUCACAACUGUUAAUAAGAUGGGGCCCUGGAUUACCACUUUACAUGGUGACUCUUGAAUGGUUUUCUUGUAAUUAGUGUUGUUGUCACUAAAAUAGAAUUUAUUAUACAUGUGGUUUCUGGUAAUCUUUAUGAAACCCAAUUGUCUGAAGACAAAUUACUGUAAAAUGAUUGGCCUUUAUUUUUGUCUUUUAAUGUGUGCUUUCUCAUUAAAAACAUAUUAAUGUGGUAUUUAGAAGUGUAAUGUAUAUUGACAAAUUAUAUUUUUCAAAAUGUCUACUUCUAUAUUGUAUUGACAAUUGUAUGUACAAGUCUUCUCUAAUUUUAUUAUUUACAUCAGAGCAAAAGCGAAGUUACAGUCUGUGAUAGUCUUGUGAUUUCAUCAAAAUUCAUAUUUCCCUCCUUUUCUUUAAGAUCCUGAAUGUAAUAUCCAUCUGCUAACUAAUAACGACUGUAAAAGGAGUCACAAAGUAUGUGCUUACAAUAAUCUAAAAGUCUGUAAGUUACUGUACUUAUAUUGUAUAUUUCCCAUGUUCCAUUUUAAAAACAGUAUUUUUGAACUCUAAUCAUAUACUUGGAGAUACCAAAGAGUACAUUAAUUGCUGCAUAUUGUUGUUCCUCUAUGAAUGGAUAGAUUCCAUAUCUAUGCUGAUAUUGUAAAAUGGGCUCGUGGUGACAUAUAUUUAUACUCAAAUGUUGUUUUCAAUCAUUAUGAACAAGUGUGUAUUUUUUAUCUCAUUUACUGAGCAAUUUACAAUUGAAUUAUUAUUAUGAUAUAACAUUCAUAGAUUUAAAGAAUGAUCAACUAUCACUGUCAUUUAAGAAAAAUUUGAGGGUUAUGAAUAUACAGUAUUUGUAGAAUUAUAUAUUCUACCAAAAAUAUGUGUUAUUUAAGAGGCUCAUAAAAUGUCAAUUGAAAGAAUUUCAUGAAUAUAUUUAUUUAACAAAGCUAUUAUGAUAUCAGAUUUUAUAGAGUAGAUAUUCAAUUGGCGAAGAACUGUUUCACAUGAAAGCCAAUUAUCUUUGGCAGUAUGUGAUCAAAGUAUACUUAUUUUAAGAGUAAUUAUGUAUGUAACAUUAAGGUGGUGAUAUAGUAACUGACACUAGAAGUAGUAGGUAUGAAUAUAGAAGUGUAGUGACCACUGGUUGAUUCAGGGGGUGAGGGGGGGGGGGGGGACGGGGGCUAAACGGUAGCCCCCACCCCUUGAUGCAAAAUAAGUAUACUAGGGUUGGAAAAAGUUUAAAUCUUGUGGACCCCCCCCCCCCCCCACCCCCACUGACAGAGCAUAGAACGAGCCAGCAGGAUCUCCAAAGUCAUGUUCCUGUGAAAAUUGAAUGGGGGCGGUUGUAUUUUACCUGCAAUAAGUUACAAAUAUCAUUCCAGCUGUUUAUCUGUUCGUUGGGUACGGACAAAGGAACUGAAAUGGCAAUAAAUUUGGAUAAAAAGUGAA